AUGACCAAUCUGAUUAAGCAUGGCAUCCCUGCCUCUCCUUGCUGCCCGGUUUGUAAUGAAGGCCCCGAAACUACGUUCCAUGCACUUUGGGGCUGUCGCAAUCUGAAAUCUAUCACUGGCAACUUUUAUGUUGAUGUAACUUUGGACUUUCCUCCUGAUGGAGACUUCUAUGUUUUCCUUCGUCACUGUGGUUUGUUGUUGAAUAAACGAGAUAUGGAGAAGUUCCUAGUUCUUCUUUGGAGGAUUUGGUAUCGAAGAAAUAAGAUUAUCCAUGACAAUCAGGUUCUCAACGAUGAAGGCAUCCUGGGUUGGUCCCUUGAUUUUUACCAGCAGUAUUUUGAUGCCAAUGGGCCACCUGUGCGUGAAGUUAAGUUGGGCAGGGGGCCAAAUUCGAUCCUGGCGGCUAUUCUGUGGCGGCCUCCAUCGAUGGGCAGAGUCAAACUUAACUGCGAUGCCAGCCUUGACGCGGUGGGUAUGAAGAUUGGGUGUGGUGCUGUUGUCCAUGACUCUAGUGGUUCUUCCCUUGCGUCUACUGCUGUUCCUUUCUCUUCCUCGAUGUCUGCCCCUGUAGUUGAAGCAAUGGCAGUCCUACAAGGGCUUCUUCUUUGUUCUCGGCUGGGUUACCACCAUGUGGAGGUUGAAACGGACUGCAAGAGAGUUUGUCAAGCUCUCUCAAGUAAAACACCCUUGGUUGCAGAAUUUGGUACUGUUAUUUUGGAUUGUCUCUCUCUUUGUAAUAGCAUUGCUGUUAUUAGCUUUUCCCACUGUAAUAGGACUGCCAAUUCUUUAGCUCAUAAUUUGGCAAAGCUUGCUCUAACUUUAGAUAUUGCUAUGAUUUGGUGGCCAGGACUUCCGUAUUGUAUUUGA